ACACUCUAAAUUACUUUAAUUCAUGAAAAUAACAUUUAUGAUGACAGGUUUCCAAAUAUUCUAAAAAUCAACGAGUCAUUGAGAGGAGAGCACACUUCGUCAGAUAACUUGUCUGAUUCGCGAAGCAGGCGUGAGAAUAAAUGAAUGAAAUAAGGAGGGUGGUAGCAGGCACCCUUCCGGUAUUCACCCCAGGGCACUUAAGUUAGAAAGGCUCAUUGUCCGCUCCUUCUCAUUAGAUGCCACCUAGCAGUUCCAUCGACCCUACCUAGUAACAAUACUGUGGAUGCUUUUUUUCUUCCUCCUCCUUGUGAUCUGUAGCUGCAGGAAACACUAGCAGCGGAUUGCACGCCUCGGUGUCUGCUCUAAUCCCGGCCAUGAUUAUACCCGAAAGACAAUACUUUCGUCCGUGUGAAACGCUGGACAACAUUACUGUUGAGCUGCUUCAGUUAACACCUUCGAGAGUCACUGAGUCGCUAAUUUAUUUCUUUAAGCAAUUAAGGUUUUUGAACGGCAAAAUAUUACGUAUAACGUUGGUAGAAUGCCAAGGCGUUGGUGAACAAUUAAAUUUUUUUUUUAUAAUUAAAGGUACACUGUUAACUUCUUGUCAAAUUAAAUUUUAAAUUGAUACCGAUUUAUUAUUUCAGUUUGCUAAUGGGUAUACAUCUUAAAAUUUUAUCACGUGAACUCUUAAAACACUCCUGAAGUCAUAUGUCAACAGAUUGCCCAAACUUAUAAUCAAAUUUAAUUGGGACCCUCAAUCAGAUCGAUGUCACUGGUAUUUCUUAUCGUUCAGGAUUAAUUCAAAUAUACAACGUGAAGUGUGAUGUUUAAAUGUUCUAUCGUGCAAAGGUAUUACUCUUUUUAUUAGACUUUUGAUACAUAGAUAUAUAUGAUUUUUUUACUUAAGUUAAAAAUGAAUAACUGAUUUAUGCCACCAUCUAAAGCUGUAAAUUACGUGUAAUUGAGGUAGUGUCAAUUUCAUUACUGAUUUUUAUUCGCACACCGUUCUAGCAGUAUGUAAUAGGAGGUAUAGUACACAAUGCAAGACGUAAUUAUUGAGUUUACUCGAUCGUGGUCUCGUAUAACAGGCUGGUAUUGUAAGGACUGUUGAAAAACGUAACGCACGCUCGUAAAUUCAUCGCUUUCAUGGUACACGAUAUGCGAGCGAAGAAAACGUUGAUUGUAAAUGUUCCAUGGGCGGCCGUGAGUUACGUAUGGUUGAUCCUUUUUAUUUCAACAUAACUUACGGGGAGAGUCGUUAACACUUUGAAAACCGAUUGUUAACAGCGAUUUUACAUGCUCUCUCCUUCCACUUUAAAUUUUAAUAUGCUCGGUUUUAGAUAGUAUUCAAAUUUAUAAAAUUGUUUAGAAGUAGUACCAGAUGCCUUUUAACAAUUACGAUUUCAAAUUCAAAUAUUGUCCCGCGCUUCAUUAUACAUUCGAAAUGCUAUUGAUAACUCAGGGGGAUUGUUACUUGAAAAUUAAUUUAUAAAAUUGUCUAAAGACAAUGUAAACUCUUUAUAAAAUACUAUUAAAUAAUUAAACAUGCAAUACUUAGAUAUAAAUUAUUACAAAUUAUAGUUGAUGAUGGUAAAGGAGAACAAAUUAUUGAUUAUUAAAAUUAUCUAUUAAUUAUAUUUUUUUUCCAGGACCAUUAAUUAUUAUUGCGACUGUAUUGUGUGCGUGUAGGGAGAAACAUUUAAAUAAUUUCACUAGUUUCCAAUUGCCUUUCAUUGGAUCGGAGAAACUGCUCUAUAAUUUAACGCUCUGGUUGGCGCGUGUGUUCCUGACAAGAAAUAUGCAAAUUUAUUAGACCAAUUGCACGAUUCUAACGAGGGGUUUUAAGGUAUAAUUACCAGUGUCCUGUCGAUGUUUGAAUAAAUCGACUGACUGGAAGAAUCUAUAAUAUCAGUCGCUUUAUUCGCUUGCAAAAAUUAUCCUUUUACGUUUUAGAAUGAAAAUUUUCUUUUAUCCACUUUUAAAAGAGAAAAAAUAUUUUUACUCCAUUAGAAUUCCAACAGGAAUUUUUUUAUAGCUUCCAAACGUUCAUCCCAUUGAUAAUCCUUUAAUUAAUCGGCUCUAAUAUUUAUUCCCGAUCGUGAAACAAAAAAAAGAUGAAGAUCUAAGGGAUAAGUCUCUGGAUUUAUCGAGGAUAGAAGAGAGUUUGGGCCUAAAAAAAGGGUGCUGUUAAUUAAGGAGAGCGAUUACUCGUAACGGUAUAAUUAAGAGGAAGAAAGAGGAAUUAGAGUCGGUAGUACGGCAAAUGAACGAUUCUACCGGUAAGGCAUUAAUCGAACAUGCCAGGAACACGGCUCGUUUAACGAGAUAUAAUAUAUUCACCUCGCAACGCGUUCAUAAAGUUUCAGCUUUGUUUUAAAUUUUAAAUUAGUUACUUCAAUAUGAGAAAAAAGCUAAUUAAUAGUUUAGUAAUAGAUACAGCGUUAUCCUUGUAAUUAUAACGAAGGAAAAAGUGUUAACAAUAAUGACGUUGUUUGAAUAAUUGAUGGUGUUUAGUAACUAAUUACGCAUUAAACAAUGUAUCGCGUAACAAUGGACGGAAUAGCCUGAGAAUGAACUCGUUCAGUUAGUCGACUAGAACGUGUUUACAUGUAAAACAAGUGGUUUAUCGUGUUCACCGAUGUGAGCAAGAGUUCUGCCUUUCUUACUAAUGACCCAGCUUCAUUCCGAAGGGAGACUACUUUUAAAGCCGAUAAUUGUAUCCAUAUUUUUUUUCUUAGGAAGACUUACCCAUUCUAUUCUAUUAGUUACUGAAUUCCAAAAUUUCAAAGGGAUCUGGUCCACCCCUCGAAAAAAAUCCUCGUCGCACCAAUGUUACUUAACAACCCUACCAAAAGCUUACUUCCUCCUAUUCUACGUUACAUCCGCUUCGCCCCCCGUAUCAUUGUCCAAAUUCUCCCCAAAAAGAGAACCUUGAAGCAAUGUAUACCAAAAAACCAGCCCUUCCCCGAAAUCGCCCGAAGGAGUAAGGAAGAGUGAACGAUAGGGGGAGAGAAAAGUCGAAUCGAAAUGGUGCGGGGUCCUUGGGGAAAGAAGGGGUUGCAUUCGGGCAGGAAAAAAAGAGCUGCUAAUUGACACGAGCGAUUGCACGUAACGGUAUAAUUAGAGAGAAGAAUACGGAGCCUGGACCGGUGCACCGAUGAACCAAUGAACCUCACUGAGGCUGGAGGGGAGGGAGAGGAACAGAAGAAAGGAGGCAAAGGGAAGCAAGGGAGAGAAACCAGCCGGCGGGUUCUACGUCGAGGGUAGUGAUGGGUGUUCAAGUUUACAAGUUGAAGCAAUUCAAAGAACGAGGAUAUCGAAACGUUUCCACUUUCUCCGAUCCGACCGAAGGGAUUAGGCCUCUCUGGAGGAAGAAAAAAUAGGCAUAUUUUGGGAAUUUUUUUUGGUACCCCUGAAGCAAACGCACGACCCAAGCACGUAACAGUUUGGUCCAUAAUUAUCAAAGAGCUACGGGCCAAUUAUAUCCCCUGGAUGACCAGUUUUCGCCACGUUUCAAAGCUACUCGAGCCGCGUUGAGGCCAUCACUAGUCAGGGGGGUUCCCCCCUUUGGGAGGCCGAGCAGGACAGACUUAACCACCGUGGCUGAGGAGAGACGAGGCUGGUGGUAGAGAACGAAACGUAGCACGGUCUCGUGGAUUCUGCCUGCACUCUGCGACCAUUCCGCGGUAACGCGUCGUCCAGGUCGCAACGUUCCUGCUCCCCUGACCAUUCGGGCCACGAGGCGAACGAACACGUUCCUUCGACGGAUCCGAGGAGGACACUGGAGCCUGCCAGGCUGGAAAAAUCGCGAAAAAUCAUCCCGAUCCUGCCAAUUCACGCGCCAAAUAUGGUUCGGCUUCCUUCGAGCGACCGGUGAACGGCGAACAGGACGAGUUUCAAAGGAUGCUCCGAUCGGCGCAACUGCUCUAAAGGAAACCUCGGACGAUGAGAAGAUUCGAUGAAGGUCUACGUAGAAGAGAACGGUUCGUACUGGUCACCGAUGUCCGUGGAUCGUACGAAGAACGGAAGUGACAGGAAUCUUGACGGUGUACCAACGGAUAACCGGAUCUUUCUGAAUCGUUAUCGAACGUGUUUGCUCGUCGCUGCUUCGAGUGACUGUUUUGGAUGACACUUCCGUGAACAGUCGAAUCCAACGAAGAUUUAUUCCGAAGCCCUAAACUCGAUCGUUUGCUAUCGCUUUUACGUAAUUUAUUUAUGUCGUGCCGCGUCAAUAAAUUAUCUAACCGAUGUACUGCACUUUCUAACAUGAAAGUUUUCAUCGCGAUACCUUGAGAAUGAUUAAGUCUCCUAUCGAUUGAUUCAUCGAAGGUUCUUUUAAAUAAUCGUUCGAGCCUGCGAAAAGAAAACAGGCGGUAAUCUCGAUUCUUGUACAAUAAACGUUUGCAAAAUAUCCGAGUUCUUUGUCCGGAGGAAAGGAGCAAAAUGAGCCGCGAAUCGUGCCGCGUGAUAAACGAUCGAUGGGCAAACGAGGAAACUGGAAAUUCGAAGAACGAUCCGAUGAAAGUAAACCGCCACGGGUCGUUAUCGUCGUCGACUUGAAGAGCAAGUGCUUCUACUGGAUAAAAAGUGAACCGGUGACUGAUCUCGCCGGGGCAAUAAUUAACUCGUCCUUAACGACUUUGGAUACACCCGGUCCGGAAUGUAAAUGGCGUACUUCAGCACGUCUCUCGGUGGACCGGCCUCGAAUUAUCAGCAAUAAAGUAUCUCGCUGGCGUGUUGAACAAGACAUGACCGGCGGUAGUGCAAGCACCGCUACAUUUGUUGCUGAAUGAGCUGGUCUUCGUCGGUGAUCGUUGAUCCUGCUCCAGCUGGAUGGUACCACGCUGCUUAUAACGAUCGUAAAGGAUCGUUGAUCUAAUAUUUAAAGGAGAUACACGUCCGUCUCGUGUAAUGCUUCGCAAAAUGGCAAUUUGCAGCAGCUUGCUCAUCAUUCUGCGAUUAUUAUUCGUCGUCGCAUCAUCAACGGUACCUGGAACAUGGAUAAACGUGGGCUUGCAACACUUUCCUCAGCUCGAGGUCAGUCAAAUGAUAGAAACGUACGACAUGACAGCGUCCAACAUUUGCCACGGACUGAAGGGUCUUUCACCGGGCCAAGGGAAGCUGUGCCAGCUAUCCGUGGACCACAUGCCCAGCGUGGCGAAGGGUGCGAAAUUUGGGAUCCUCGAGUGCCAGCAUCAAUUCCGUGACCGAAGGUGGAACUGUUCCACCGUCUCCGACGAAUCUGUCUUUGGACCUAUACUCAGAAUAGCCAGCAGAGAAACCGCGUUCGUUCAUGCAAUUACCGCCGCGGGAGUGGUCUACUCGAUUAGCAGAUCCUGCAGAGAUGGCCAAUUAUCCUCGUGUGGCUGUUCAAGAAGCAGCAGACCCAGAGAUCUAAAAAGAGAUUGGAUUUGGGGAGGCUGCGGGGACAAUCUCGAGUACGGUUACAAAUUUACACAGGCAUUCGUGGAUGUAAAAGAACGUGAAAGGAGUUUCAAAAGGGGUAGCAGAGAACAAGGCCGCAGUUUGAUGAAUCUUCACAAUAACGAAGCUGGUCGCAGGGCUGUUAUUAAAAGAUCUAAAGUAACUUGCAAGUGUCAUGGAGUUUCUGGAAGUUGCAGCUUAAUUACUUGUUGGCAGCAACUUGCAUCGUUUCGAGAAAUCGGUGAUUUUCUUCUGGAUAAAUAUGAUGGAGCGACAGAGGUCAGAGUAAACAGACGCGGCCGUUUGUCAAUGAGAGAUCCAAGAUUUUCUUUACCUACAGCGAAUGAUUUGGUUUAUUUGGAUGACUCUCCAAAUUACUGUCUUCCUAACGAGACACUUGGAUCUUUAGGCACACAUGGAAGAAUUUGCAACCGAACAUCAUCCGGCAUGGAUGGAUGCAAUCUUCUUUGCUGCGGUAGAGGGUAUAAUACACAGAAAUCAACUGUAAGAGAAAGAUGUGAAUGCAAGUUUCAUUGGUGUUGCCUCGUCGAAUGCAAGACUUGUGUUAAAAAUAUAGACAUUCAUUCGUGUAAAUAAAAUCCAAGUCAGUCUUACUAAUACUUUUUGUAAUUUCAGAUAAACUUAAAUUAAUAAGAAAUAUUAUAGUAACACUGUAUAUAUGCACACGUACGUGUUUAGUGAAGUACCUUAGCAUAGUUAUGAUACAAGUAAUUUCUAGAAGAUUUCUAGCCAUUUUUUUAUUUUUAUUUCUAUUUACAAUCAAUAUUUUUUCUGAC